AUGUCCAAGCUCAGCAGGGCUACUCGGGUCCUCAGGAAGUCCGAACCCGAAGGCGUGAUCCGGACCAUUGUGCGGGCGGGCCAGGCUACGUCCGGGCCGCCGCUGGGCCCCAUCCUGGGUCAGCAAGGCGUUUCCAUCAGCCAGUUCUGCAAGGAGUUCAACGAGAAGACGAAGGACAUCAAGGAAGGCAUUCCUCUGCCCACCAAGAUUUUCGUGAAGCCUGACAGGUCGUUUGAAAUCAAGUUUGGACUGCCCACUGCUUCCUAUUUCCUCAAGGCAGCAGCUGGGAUUGAAAAGGGGGCCCGGAACCCAGGAAAAGAGGUGGCAGGCUUGCUGACCCUGAAGCACGUGUAUGAGAUAGCCUCUGUCAAAGCUAAGGAUGAUGCCUUCGCCCUGCAGGGCGCGCCUCUGUCCUCUGUCGUCCGCUCCAUCAUUGGCUCUGCUCGGUCCCUGGGCAUCAAAGUGGUGAAGGACCUCACCUCCGAGGAGCUGGCAGCUUUCCAGAAGGAACGAGCAGAAUUCCUGGCUGCUCAGAGAGAGGCAGAUUUGGCAGCCCAAGCAGAAGCUGCCAAGAAGUGA